AUGGGUCGUUCCGCGAACGACCACCGGCUAUCGAUGCCGGCUAGGCAAACAGUUCCCAAGUCGGAUCCGUUUAGGCCUAACAACGCGAGACAACAGCGCCACGCGAAGUCGCAACCUUUUGAUGCUGAUGAUCUACGACGAAGGCUGUAUAUAGUACUUGCGGAGCAGGAAGCGCAGAAUAAGAGACAAAAAAUAAGGCCAGACGAGAGCUCCCAAGAACGAAGCAGAUCUAUAAGUCUGUCGGAAACAAGACAGGCGGAUACUACUAAGUCAGGAGCUAGCGAGAGGAGCUUCGCGGCGAGGAUGGCGAAAAGCAAGGGCGCGCCAGCAGAUGCGAGCUCAGGACAAAACGAUACCCCACCGGCAAAGACAAAAACAGGACGAUCGAUGUCAAGAUCCAUUCAAGACAGGCUACGGCGAAGAACGUCAGAAGUAGACCCGAAAGCGACCGAGAGCGCAACCAAAGCAACAUCAUAUCAACAACAUAUGUCCCAAGAAGCCGCUGCAGCACAAUUCGAGCGGGCAGCAGCAGCCUACAGCAUGUGCGAGAGAGACCUCGCGAACACCCUACCCCAAUCAGCACUUACACAUCACAUCCAGCGGCGGUCAUCCGUCCAAUAUGAGCUCGACUCGAAUGGUACAGCGCUGGAAGGUCACCCGUUAGAACGAGUCCAGAGCAAGCAGGAUCUCUUCAACGGACGAAACCCCUUCCAGACCCCGCAGUGGCACCCAACGGAAGCCGGGCCGCAACCGCAACCGCAGCAUCAGCUCCGACGGCACAGCGCGCCGCUCGUGAUGCCGCCCCGGCCCUGGCGCAAGAACAGCAUCGGCACGGUGCUCGAGGACCGGGCCAUGGACGAGAUAUCGUCCGAGGAGACGCUCGUCGUGGACCCCGUGCCCGAGUACCAACACUACCACUCCAACUACUACUACCAGCAGCAGCAGCAGCAGCAGCAAUACUACCAGCACCAACAUCAACAUCACCGCGUAUGCGACGAGAAGCCGGCCAAACCGACAAGAACAGCAACAACGGGCAAGAUCCCGCUGCUGAGGAAAGCGGAUUCCUUAUGGACGCUGAAGAAGCUGGGCGGAUUUAAGAGCAGCGCGACGCGCGAAAAACAGCAGCAGCAGCAACAACAGCAGCAGCAGGAGGGCGAGACGAGCCCGAAUUCGCCGUCGCCGCUCAAGUUCCCGCGCUUCGGGUUCCUGAUGAAGUUGAGGCGCUAA